CACAACUUAUAUACACAGGGGAUAAUAUAUAAAGGGGCACAGGGAACAUGUAGAGACUCUGCCUGACAGGUCAGGAGAAGUACAAGGAAACACCAUCCCGUACUGGGUUACCUCAUAUUAAAUUCACAGACAAGGAAGUGUAAACUCCUAAACCCACAAAACACAAAGUGUAUACUCCUAAAUUUACAAUACAGGAAGCGGAAUUCACAAUACAGGAUGUAGAAACUCCUAGAUUCUCCAAACAGGAAGUGGAAACUCCUAGAUUCUCCAAACAGGAAGUGGAAACUCCUAGAUUCUCCAAACAGGAAGUGGAAACUCCUAGAUUCUCCAAACAGGAAGUGGAACCUCCUAGAUUCUCCAAACAGGAAGUGGAAACUCCUAGAUUCUCCAAACAGGAAGUGGAAACUCCUAGAUUCUCCAAACAGGAAGUGGAAACUACUAUAUUCACAAAACAGGAUUCACAAUAGCAGAGGGGAAAAAAUUGGGCAACCAAGAUUGGCCGUCUAUCCUGUCCAUGGUGCACACAGUCAUUGAUUUUAGGAAGAAACCAGAAUAUUGCCGCCACUGAGUGUAAACAUUCCGGGGCCGGUGUCAGGACGUCAUUCACGUUCCCAGGUUAAAUAUUAAUCUCAGCUCAGAUAUUUUAGCCCGAACAAAGGAGCCCUGAUCACCUUCUCCAGGACCUUCUCAGGAGGCGCAGUCACCUGGGCAUACUCCCUGCCAGGAAGACCUACCGGACCAGGGGGACGGUGACCCCCCGAGCUCCCCCUCCAACCUCAGCCGGGGACACCCUGCCAGGUUAAGCUGAUAUUUUAGACAUGGAACAUCUGCACUCUAUAGACUUUGAACAGUUAGCGGAAAUCGAACUUCAGAAGGAUGAGGAGGAGCUGGCACAGCUGGGUGAUGAUACAAUGGAUUCUCCGACCACAGAAGCGGAUGACGUCAGUAUAUGUCACCCAUAUUAUGACAUCGCCCGCCAUGGCAUCAUCCACGUCGCUGGUGAUGAUAACUCGGGGAGAAAAGUGAUCACGUUCAGUUGCUGCCGUCUCCCUCCCUGUCACGAGAUUGAUCACGUCCGACUCCUGGAAUAUCUGAAACACACCUUAGACCAGUACGUGGAGAAUGACUACACAGUCGUCUAUUUUCAUUAUGGUCUGAACAGUCGCAAUAAGCCUUCGCUGAGCUGGCUACAGAGCGCCUAUAAGGCCUUUGACCGAAAGUACAAGAAGAAUCUGAAGGCUUUGUAUGUGGUUCAUCCGACCAACUUCAUCAAGGUCUUGUGGAAGAUAUUCAAACCAGUCAUAAGUCACAAGUUCGGCAAGAAGGUUCAGUACAUGAAUCACCUGAGUGACCUUCGAGAGCAUCUGAGGUUCAACCGGUUGAUCAUCCCACAAGAAGUCUUACAACAUGAUGAAAAACUGUGCGUCCAACAGAAAGGAAGACCCCCACCUGUUAUCAAAGCCCCUCCACCUCGUCCUCCGCUCCCGACACAGCAGUUUGGCGUCUCUCUUCAAUAUCUAAAGAACAAAAACAAAGGUGAUCUGAUCCCGCCAGUGAUGGAGCAAACUAUUUCUUACUUGAAAACGAAAGGACUGCGGACAGAAGGACUCUUUCGAAGAUCCGUUUCUGCUCACAUCAUCACAGAAAUCCAGAAGCGAUAUAACCUCGGGAAGCCGGUGCAUUUCGAUGAAUAUGGAGAUGCGCACGUCCCCGCCAGUAUCCUGAAGACCUUUCUGCGGGAGCUUCCAGAACCACUGCUGACCUUCGGCUCUUACCGAAAUAUCCUUGAAAUCACCAGCGUGGAGAGCAUCUUGCGCGCCAACAGCUGUAAACAGAUCGUUCACCGGCUCCCAGAUCACAACUACGCCGUCCUCAAAUAUCUUAUUUGCUUCCUAAACUCGGUUUCUACAGAAAGCAUUUCCAACAAAAUGACGGCUUCCAACCUGGCCUGCGUAUUCGGCGUGAACCUAGUUUGGCCACAAGAGGGCACCACUUCCAUAAACGCUCUGGUCCCCGUCAACAUGUUUACAGAACUGAUGAUCGAAUUCUAUCCGAAAAUCUUCAACGCCAGAACAGUCCCCGGAGAGACUUUACCCUGAUCUGCGCCUUUAAGAAAGUUACACUUUUUCCAUCACGCUAGACGUCGAUAAAAUUUUAUUUUUCUUAAAAAGUUCAAAAAUUCAAAAUUUGCACUAAAAAAAGAAAAAAAGGUCACAGAAUUGAAGUUUGUUUGAUAUCCUGUUACAAAUUAUUUUAUAUUGAUAUUUUAUUUAAAGGAAAAGUAUAGCAAAUAUAUACGGCAAUGAUGAUUAUUAAUAUUUUUUUUACCCAGAUUUGCAUUACUUGCUCCUCCCCCUUUUUGUGUGCACUAGUUUGUAUACGUGAGGCCCGUGGUCCAUGUGAAGCAGGGCACAUUGGUUUGUAAUAUAUUUUAAUGUAUUUUUAAAAGUGCGUUCUACUGAAUAAAAACUUUGGU